AGCGCACAGACUGAGGAGAAAUCUUCAUGGGGAAGUGUUCUGUCUUUACGGAUUAGAUGAGUCAUACAGGCUUGAAGUGUGAGGAGAAUUUGUGGGUUUUUCAAAAAAAUAUUCCCACAUUUCAGCUGUAGACACAAAAGAUUACAUAAUACAAUUGUCGGUUGACUAGCUGGGUCUGAAAGAUUUUCUCGGCAAUCGAAAGUUAGACAAACGAGAGAGGAGCCAUGGAGAUGCAGGAGGUCGCCAAGGAGGGGGAAAGAGGCAAAGAAGAUGAAGGAGCAAGUGAAUCAAUGGUGGAAGUCAAAACUAAAGAGGAAGCGGAACCAGAGACCUACCGUGAACUACAAAGUCCACCUGAAGACAUAUAUUCAGAAGCUCUGGUUGUUGACAGUCGGAUUACAACAAGAUCAGGCAAAAACACCCGUCUGUACCGGGCUGCGUGUUUGUUUCUCACCAUAACCUGUCUGGUCCUGCUGCUGGUCGUGAUUAUCCUCAGCGUGAAACUCCAAGCUGUGACAGGAGAAACUACGACGACGGACCGGCAGGGUGCUCCGCUGGCUCCAAGGUGCAGCCAUGACGAGUGCCAGGCUCUAUUCCACAUCACUCAAGCCCAACGUUGCGCCUGUCGGCAGUGCGCCGAUGGGUGGCUGCCUUUCGGCCGGUCCUGUUUCUACUUGUCCACCCACCGGCUCAGCUGGGACGAGAGCCAAAGGAACUGCUCUGCCAGUGGAGGAGCUCUGGCUGUCGUUAACAACCGGAGAGUUCAGAAUUUUCUGACUGCGAAAGGGAAAAUGAUGUACUGGAUCGGGCUUAGGCAAAAAGGAGCCACAUGGACCUGGGUCGACAAAACUGUGCUGAUAGAGAGUUACUGGACGGAAGGUCCAUCAGACGGGGAUUGUGGGAUCCUCAGCCAUGAGAAACCACCUGAGAAAAACUGGAUCAAAGAUUCCUGUCAAUCCGUCGCCUACUUCAUCUGUCAGCUGGAGCUCUGAGAGCCUCCGUCGCUUGUCUUUAACAAAUCAAUCAGCAUAUUGAUCCUCUGCCAUCAAUCAGCAAUUUCUCCAUUUCUCCAAAAGUUUUUAGAUUGUACAUCUGUCUUUCCAUUUCAAUCAUAUCCAGCAGAAGAAGAUAAUGCAGCUUUUUAGAUGAUAUUUUACAUUUAAUGCUUGAAGAGCUAUUUUUUUAAAUGUAUUAUUGUACAAUAUGUGCAAUACUUUUGUUUUGAAUUGUAUUGGCUAAUUUGUACUCCAACAUAUCAGUUGUACUUGUAACUACUACUCGCUCGGGCUAGUGUGCUGUUGGAAUUUUUCAUAAAGGAGUGCCAGUAAGUUUGUUAUAACAAGGUUUUAUUCUCAUAAAGAACGUUAAUGCAGCUACACAAGAA